UAGAGUAUUGUGACGGUGUUUGUUACAAUGGGCCUCCUGCAAGGUUUGUUUGUGCUGGUUGUGAUUGCUGCAUUUGACCUGGUAAAUGUAUGGGGAGAUUUGCGUUACAGCCUGAAUCCAAGAGGUUUGAACCCACAACCAGGUCUAACUUUCAGAAAUCCAGUUUUUCCUCAAGGGCUCUGGAGUCCUUUGCAAAACCCAUCUCCGUAUCUGAGUUCUGACUCCAAAGGAGUUGCACAAGACCCUCUUAAUUUUCAGCAGAAGCAGCUGAUGCAAGCUCCAGUGAAGCCUUUGACUUGGAGGUUUCCCAUUGUCCCAGAAGUGCCGAGCGAGGUGGCGGUCAACUUCCAGUUGAGACAACCUGUGACUCCCAGUAGUGUAGCCGUUCUUUGCAGUGAGAGCCAGGUUCAUGUGGAGGUACAGCAGGACAUGUUUGGUGACGGUCAGCUUAUCCAGCCGUCUGGUUUGUCUAUGGGAGGCUGUCCUGUUGUUGGUCAAGACCCAAACUCCAAGGUUCUCAUCUUUGAAUAUGCGCUACAUGAUUGCAACAGUGUGGCGAUGAUGACUGCGGAUGAACUUGUCUAUACCUUUGCUGUCACCUAUACUCCUGAGGCACUUGAUGGCACUCUAAUUACUCGUACCGAUAGUGCAGUUAUUGGUGUUCAGUGCCACUAUCCCAGGCUUCAGAAUGUAAGCAGUAAUGCCUUGAUGCCAGCUUGGGUUCCUUAUGCCUCAACGGCAGUUGGUGAGGACAUCUUGGUCUUCUCCCUGAAGCUCAUGUUGGAUGACUGGUCCUAUGAGAGGCCUUCAAACGUGUAUUUCCUGGGUGACGUUAUUAAUAUUGAGGCGUCUGUGAAGGUGUACAACCAUGUCCCACUGCGUGUGCUUGUGGACAGCUGUGUGGCCACCCAAGUACCUGACGUAACCUCCCUUCCGAGAUAUUCCUUCAUUGAGAAUCAUGGGUGCUUUGUGGAUGCCAAGCUCACGGGUUCCAGCUCCCACUUUGUGCCUCGAUCCCAGGAUGACAAGCUCCAGUUCCAGCUGGAGGCCUUCAUGUUCCAGGAUGGAUCUAGUCCUUCUUCUAUCUACAUAAUGUGUCUUCUGAAUGCCACCCUUGCUUCGACACCCAGUGAUGCUGUCCGCAAGUCCUGUUCUUUUGCCAAUGGGUGGUUUGCUGCUGAUGGGAACCACCAGAUUUGCAGUUGCUGUGACUCAACAUGUGAUCUUGAUGCUGGAGUUGCUGCUUCUCCUCCUCUCUUUGGUGAUGUUCAGUGGCAAGGCAUGGCCUCAUUUGGACCGUUGACUAUUCAACAGCAAACGAAGACUGGUUUUCAAUAAAUGGGAUGUACUUUC